UAGAUCGCUGUGCAGCUCAUGUUUUGAAGUUCUCAUCAGGUGCCAGCCUCCCGCAGGGAGCACCUAGAGAAUCUGAAAAACAUGCCAAAAAAUCUCAAAUCUGGCAAGACCACCUUGAAAGGUCCAAAACCCUCAGCAAAGAAACAGAGAAGUGGGGAAGCCAAGCAAGCCUCAAAAGGAGAACAGAAACAGCCUGAGAAAAAAGAUGAAGUUGAUCUUUCUAUGGUUGCCAUAGGCCACCCAGAAAUCUUCCCCUUAGUUUUCACUACAAGGACCCAAGAAAUUUUUAAUUGCCGAGUGGAUGAGGAUGUCACAGAAGAAAAUUGUUUCAAGCUUAUUAAAAAAGACGACAUCAUUCAGGACCUAAAAACAAGAGCUGCUAUUUCAGAUUUCCACCCUGUCAAAAACAUUGUCCUGGAAUACCCAGGGGAAGAACUUCUGAUAGUUUUUGAUGCAAAUUUCCAGUAUGGACAGAACUUUUAUCUUGUUGCUUCUGAGGAAGCGAAAGAAAACUUUCUGAAGCCUCCAGAAACUGCAGAAGAAAUGGACAGUGAAGAAGAGAAAGAGGAAACUCCAGAAGUCUGUGCUUAUAAGCGUCCUGUCUCCAAACCGUGGGUUUCUCUUGGCAGUGAAAAGGAAGUUGAAGAAGAAUCUGUUAAAGAGCGCAUUAAAAAGAUUAAGUACAUGUUUUCUCGAGGACACAGGAAGUUUGGUGCACCAAUUAGAUUUACUGACAGGAAUGCUUCACAUGCAAAAGACAGUUAUGUUGAAUGUUCUUCCUACCAAGACAAAUCUUUCAGUAUAAAAGUGCUUGAAAAAGAUGUGGGUGUACAAAUGGUUCCUGAAGUAAGAGAAUCUAGUACCCAGACACAAUGGACCUAUCCAAAAAAUGCAGCCACGCAGUAUUUUCCUAGACAGCUGUCGAAUGAAGAGAAAGAAGAGAUUCUGUCAUCUGAGAAGCUGAAACAAUUUCUCACAUCAGUAUGUUUAAGAAUGGAAAUUGCAUUGCAGCAAAAUGAAAUUAUAGAUGCUUUUUCUGAUGACUGGAAAGCCCUAGAAGACGACAUGAACAGUUCUGGUGGCAAGUCAGACAUCUGUCUUAAAGCAUACCAAACAUUUACAGAUCUGCACUAUCUCAAGGACAAAAGCAUUAGCUGCAUUUGUUGGCAUCCAACCAUCUAUGGGAUUAUAGCAGAGUCAGCAAUAAAACGGCCCUCGAAAGAAGAGAGAACUAAACCACAGCAUGACUCAGUAAUUAUUUUCUGGAGCUUUUUUGAUCCUAUCCACCCUCAGUUAAUAUUAGAGUGUCUUGAUGACAUUUACUGCUUUCAGUUCAACCCAAGUGAUCCAAACAUUAUUGCUGGUGGCUGCUUCAGUGGACAGGUUGUAGUGUGGGAUAUUUCUCAAUAUGAAGAAAAACUGCAAAAUGCUAAAAGCGUUGCUGUUGGAAUGAAAAAGACAGUUGUUAAUAUGAAUAACAUUUCUGUUCUAAGUCUACUGGAGAAUGAUAAUAUGUCUGAGCUAUUACUUACAGAGGAUGAUGAGAGUGAUAAAGGGCAAAUUUUAGUGAGACAUUGCACAGCCUCCUCCAUACACCAUAGCCAUGAAAAAAGAAUAACAGAUAUACAUUGGCUGCCAGAUUAUUUUGAGGUCAACCGAAUGGGUGAAACUUUUGAAAACAGAGCUGGAAUUUGCGUGCAGCUUGUAACCUGCUCCCCUGAUAGCUUAAUAUUAUUUUGGGAUAUUAGAGACACCAAAAUUCCCACCAAGCAUUCAUCUGAGAAAGUAAAAGAAGGAAACAGUUUCAAUAUGCACCCUGAAGUUUCAGAUACUUCUAAUGAUCCUGAUCUCAUCUGGAAACCUCUCAUGAAGAUAAGCUUGUGCGACAACGAAGAAGAAAACAAUGUGAAAUGCAGUCCCACCAAAAUUAGUCUACAGGAACAGCAUUAUCAUUGCAAAAUCACAGAUAAGGAGCAAUCUCUGCACAAAUCACAAGUGCACGUCAAAGAAAGCCCGCAUGCACAGAUGAGCGUUUCUUCAAAUAAAACUCUGAAUGUGCUGGAGAAUAUCUCCAAUACCUUCUUUGUUGGAACGGAAGAUGGAGAUAUUAUUUAUUCUGACUGGGAAAUGAAGACCAGUAGUAACGAGGAAAAAAUAGCUAGUAAGAAAUGCACCAUCCACAAAGAAGCUGUGAACACUGUACAGAGAUCUCCAUUUUUUAAAGACAUCAUUCUCAGUGUUGGAGGCUGGAAUUUCGCCAUUUGGAAAGAAGGUGUUACAAACGGACCGAUCCUCCAGUCAAACUGCACAGCUCAUAGAUACACUGCAGGACAUUGGUCCUUAACAAGGCCAGGAGUUUUCUACAUUGCCACAGAUGAUGGAAAUAUAGAUAUUUGGGACUUACUGAAGGAAACUCACAAGCCAUCUCACAGCCAGAACAUCUCUAAAUCAGCGAUUACUUGCAUCAGCCCCUGGGUCGCCUCACCAAAGCAGCAAUUUCUAGCUGUUUCUGAUGAUUCUGGAGUACUGCAUGUUUUAGAGAUCCGUCGAACAUUAAGCCACCCGUCCAGCAGUGAGUGGGCACUGAUGAAUUUGAGACUGAUGGGCCAUAUUGUCCAAAGGUCACCCACAGAAAAGCUGGCUCUGCCCAGUUCCCAUAAGAGAUACCUAAAGGAAAUCUAA